AUGGCCGACGUUGAAGCUUCUCCCGUGCAUACUGGGAUGCGUCAGAGGAAAAAGCCAAAAAAGAAUCUAGCUAUAGCUUCAAGACCGUUUGCUGGGAGAAUUGGCGGCAACCAAGAGUUUACCGUACCAGCAGAUGACGCCUCUACCAACCUACUUCCAGACGCAGCAGCAGUAUUUUCAUGGCGCCAGUCGUUUUCUUCCCGCGCAUUUGCGGACAUAGAGCUAUGGAAAGAAUCAUUCAUCGAAGGUGUAGGAACAUGUCUGCAAACCUACCUCUCCGGUCUCGCUUCCGUUGGUCUUGGUUCUCUCGUUACAGCGACGGCGUUGGGACCUGUUGCGCCAGCUGCGUUUGGGAGCAUUGUGACUGGGACGCUGAUCGCGCUCUUCAUUUUUGGGGCUGGGCCGGUAUCUGGAGCGCAUUUCAACCCGACGAUUUCCAUGGCGACUUUUACAGCGGGGCUUUCCAUCUUUCCUAGGACGCUGCUGUAUAUUGUGUUCCAGAGCGCUGGAGCUGUGGUGGCUGGCGCUCUGCUCCGGGCGAGCUUGGGGAUGAGACCGCAUGAUAUUCCGCCUAUACCGGGAUGCUACAUUAACACUGAUCUCGUCACGCCAGGCGAAGCAUAUGUUUUGGAGACCAUGACAUCGUUUGGAUUGAUAUUCGUUGCAUUUGGAGUGGGUCUUGAUCCCAGGCAGAGAGAAGUCUUUGGGCCAGCUUUGUCGCCAAUCCUGGUUGGUCUGACACAGACUGUGUGUACAUUCGUCUCAUCAAUAGUACGGCCUGGAUAUAGUGGAGCUUAUCGCUUUGAUUAUCAUUACAUUCAUUGGGUAGGACCAAUGACGACGGCGAUAAUGAAUGGGGUAUUGUAUUGGGUGAUUCCGAUAUACAAGUCUAAGGAGUAG